AUGUUCAAAAAACACACAAACUCAAGUUCAAAAACACCACAACCUUGGGUUCAAAAAACACCACAAACUCAAGUUCAAACACGACACAAACUCAAGUUCAAAAAACAAACAAACUCAAGUUCAACCUAUACCCGAUUCUCAAGUUUAAAACGCCACAAACUCAAGUUCAAAAAACACCAAAAACUCAAGUUCAAACACGCCACUAACUCAAGUUCAACAAACACACAAACUCAAGUUCAAAAACACCACAAGCUCAAGUUCAAAAAACACCAAAAACUCAAGUUCAAAAAACACCCAAAUCUCAAGUUCAAACAACACCCGUUUAUCAAGUUAAAUAAUUUCCACAACCUCAUGUUCAAAAAACACACAAACUCAAGUUCAAAAACACCACAAACUCAAGUUCAAAAACACCACAAACUCAAGUUCAAACACGACACAAACUCAAGUUCAACAAACACCACAAACUCAAGUUCAAAAACACAACAAACUCAAGGUCAAACACGAGACAAACUUAAGUUCAAAAACACAACAAACUCAGGUUCAAACACGACACACUCACUCAAGUUCAACCAACAUUUAAAUCUCAAGUUUAACAUUUGCCACAACCUCAAGUUCAAACAAGACACAAACUCAAGUUCAAAAAACACCACAAACUCAAGUUCAAACAACACCCGAUUCUUAAGUUUAACAAUUUCCACAACCUCAAGUUCAAAAAACACACAAACUCAAGUUCAAAAACACCACAACCUUGAGUUCAGAAAACACCACAAACUCAAGUUCAAACAUGACACAAACUCAAGUUCAAAAAACACCACAAACUCAAGUUCAAACAACGCCCGUUUCUCAAGUUAA